GCCGAGUAGCAUACCUACGAAGGAUUCCAAGAAGAUGAGAACAAAAUUAUAAACAGUAGAUGCAUGCAUAUCUACAAGUCUCUCAAGAGAAAUCAAUAGUGAUGUACGCAUUUAGAUCUAAAAAGUUGACAACAGCAUUUAAGAAUGUUAUCAGCUAAGGAUUACAGCUAACAAAGAUCUAAGGAAAGAUUUAAUUGUAACAGAACAGAGAUUUAAAAUAUACAAGAGAAUAAACAAGAACAUGCCAGGCAUUUUACUGCCAUAAACACAAAACAUAGAUAUGGAGUAUUUACGUAGAUAUCAGGAAGACUUGAACAUGUUUAUGAAAAUCAUUAGAUUUUAGGAUUUAAUGACGUAUUCAGGAUUGGGUUCAGACUCAAGAGCACGAUUAGAAAAUAUGCUAAAAAGGAUUAAUAAAAAUACUACAGAGCCAGGAUUAGAGAAAUAAACUUCUAGUAAGCUUCUUAUAUUGUAAUCAUUUAUCACACUAAUAUAAACCACUAACACGUAGGAUAGUACGUAAUUAGAAGAAUAGAAUUAAGAUAUUUUAUUCUAUUCUAUAUUCAACAACUUUUUGGGGAAACUUAACAAAAUAAAAUAUAAAUUCUUGUUUACAGUUCUAUCUUCUGACAAUCCUAUAUAAGAUCUCCUGAUGGUUGCUGAGAUACAUGCCAGCACUUUCUUCUCAUUUUUGUCUAUUCUUCCACGUUUCCCAAAUCUAACUAUUCUCAAGAUAGUGGUAACCUUAACCUAUAUGCCAUUUCCAUUUCUGGUUUAAGCAUAGCAGCAUUAUUAUCUUUUUUCUUCUAUCCAAAUCUUCUCUACACUUACAUUUGUAUUUAAGCAACAUGUGGGGUCUAUUGUUAGGAGCUUUGGUCAUUAUAAGUAUAACACAUUGGGUUUACCGUUGGAGAAAUCCAAAAUGCAAUGGGAAACUCCCUCCUGGUUCAAUGGGAUUGCCACUCCUCGGCGAGACACUUCAGUUCUUUGCUCCAAACACUUCUUCUGAUAUUCCUCCCUUUGUCAAAGAAAGGAUGAAAAGGUACGGGCCAAUAUUCAGGACUAGUUUGGUUGGAAGGCCAGUGGUGGUAUCAACCGACCCAGAUCUCAACUACUUCAUCUUCCAACAAGAAGGAAAGUUGUUUCAGAGCUGGUAUCCAGACACAUUCAUGGAAAUCUUCGGGCGACAAAAUGUGGGUUCGUUACAUGGAUUCAUGUACAAGUACCUAAAAAAUAUGGUUCUAAAUGUAUUUGGUCCUGAAAGCCUUAAGAAAAUGCUUCCUGAAGUUCAAGAAGCAGCAUGUGAAAGAUUGCAACUAUGGUCACAUCAGGGCACAGUCGAUUUAAAAGAAGCAACAGCUAGUAUGAUAUUUGAUUUGACUACCAAGAAGCUGAUAAGUUAUGAUGAAAAGGAUUCCUCAGAAAAUCUAAGGGAGAACUUUGUUGCAUUCAUGCAAGGUUUAAUCUCCUUCCCUUUGGAAAUACCUGGAACAGCAUAUCACAAAUGUUUACAGGUAAACCAAGGCAGGAAAAGAGCAAUGAAACUGUUAGGGAAUUUGCUACAUGAAAGAAAAGCAAAUCCAAGAAAGCACCAGAGUGAUUUUUUUGACUAUGUACUUAAAGAACUUCAAAGAGAGGGAUCCAUCCUUACAGAGGCAAUUGCUCUAGACUUAAUGUUUGUGCUUCUAUUUGCUAGCUUUGAAACAACUUCCUUGGCUAUAACUAUGGCUGUCAAAUUUCUCUCCACAAAUCCAUUGGCACUAAAGCAAUUAACGGAAGAGCAUGAAGCUAUUCUAAAAAAUCGAGAAAAUGCAGACUCUAGCAUAACAUGGAAAGAAUACAAAUCAAUGACAUUUACAUUUCAGGUCAUCAAUGAAACCGUAAGACUGGCAAACAUUGUACCAGUUAUCUUUAGAAAAGUGCUCAAAGAAAUCCAGUUCAAAGGAUAUACCAUCCCAGCUAAUUGGGCAGUUAUAGUCUGUCCUCCUGCUGUACACUUAAACCAAGCCAAAUAUGAAGAUCCACUUGCCUUCAAUCCAUGGAGAUGGAAGGGCCAGGAAACAAAUACCGCAUCAAAGAAUUUUAUGGCUUUUGGUGGCGGCAUGAGAUUUUGUGUUGGAACAGAUUUUACAAAGGUUCAGAUGGCUGUAUUUCUCCAUUGCUUGGUUACAAAGUACAGGUGGCAAGCAAUCAAAGGAGGAAAUACUGUCCGAACCCCCGGUUUACAAUUUCCAAAUGGUUAUCACAUUCAGAUCACAAAUAAAGAGACUGGAACAAAAUCUACAUAGUCAAAGCAAAAAGUUAAAAAGGCAUCUUACAUGUGUUUUUGGAGUUAAAAUAUGCCAGCUCGGCAUCUUUCUAUCAAAGGUUCCUGUCUGCGAAUCUGCAAAAUUAUUGAUGGUUAAUGCAACACUGAAAGCAUGUGUAGAAGUCAUAAACACUAACAACAUUCAUUUCUCAAACAGAGAUGAAAGCUACAGUUUUGUUCAGGAUCAAACAAAAUUUUUUGCUUUUCUUUA